GCCGAUUCAACGGCGAAUCUCCACGUGGCCGCCGCAGGCAGCAAGCAUUACAGCGAAUGGCUGAUAUCUCACUUGCGAAGAUGCAGUCAGCACUACGCGAUCCGAAUUCACCUGGAGGAGCUGAUGCCACUGCAGGAGGGGCCGCGUCCCCUGGCUUGGGGGACAGCCAAGAUCUUCUCAGUUCUGCCAAGAAGAAACAACUCGGUACAACAACUUCUGUUCUUCCAUCUUCUUGUUCUGCAGGACCUGGAGAGCAGGCUACCGCUACGGGACCACCACGAGGUACUACACCAGGAGUCGGAGGAGGCAUAUUAAAAACUUUGCCUCCGCCAGAAAUCCAAGCUUUUGACAUCUUCGCAGAUGUAGUGCAGUUUCCGUUGUUGCACGACCGAGAGAAAUUCAACAAUCUAGAACUACUGGCGAAUCGAGAUUUCAACAUCGAUUUGCGUAAGGACGAAGCGGAUGUGGUUUUGGAGACAUACGAACAAACGCUGAUGAAAAGGGUUUUUGAGAAGGUUUCGAUUUUUUCAAACGGAGAGGACAUUCUUUUCGUUCUUCUUGAUAUUUAUAAGUAAGUUCGUUGUUGAUACUCAGCUGCUGCUCCAAUAUCAAGAAUUGUGUCAUUUCAUUUUCCAUUUCAUCUUCCAGAUAACUCCCGAAAACUUCGAACGCAUUUCCGCUUUGGAGAACCACAACGAGGCCUUAGUCGAUCGCAUGGAAACGAUUGAGGAUCAUCUUCUGGAGCGUUCACGUGCCCUCUCUCAGUGUCGUUACAGCUACUUCCUCGAAAUCACGCAUUUGCGCAACCAAGUCUACCUCCAAGGCCUCAAUCCUGACGAAUUCGAUCCCCACGAAUGCUAUUUUUUCGAUCCGUUGGACUCUUUAGAGGAGGAACUGAGGGAGAUGUUGAACCAGAAGAUCAAGGACUCGGUAAGGGUGUACUACGGCAAGUGGCGAAAGGCAGAGGAUAAACUGCAAAGACUACAGGACCAACUAGACGCUUUAAGAGCAAACAUUGAUCCGGCAUUUGCGAAUCAAAGAGCUGUGAAACCAUUGGCGGAGGAGCUAGCGUUUUUGGCGAGUCACUACACGGCAGCAGGUGUGGUCAAAGGCUGCGCAGAAGAAUUCCC